AUGUGGUGGUCGGAGUGUUUAUUCGGCCUAAAGUGCCUAGGAAUCAACUCCAAUGGCGAGCAUUCCACUGUCAAGAUACAGUUUCACUGGAUGCCUAUAAAUACCGUCAAACCUCACCAGUUAGCCGAGCCUCCUUACGACAAAGCUAUCGACACGAUGCUGGAAUCUAUGGUGUCUGAUGUGCAGGGAGGCUAUUUCCACGGGUUGGAAUCUGGGCAGACUUUUGAGAUCCAGCUUGCUAGCGAGGAUGCCAAGAAGAUGAAGGCAGCUCUGGACGUGCAAUGGAUAGCUGUUAGACUUGCAGCCUUGUCUGGAGCUGCGAGAUCUUGGGAAUGGGGGCUCGGUAACGACUUGUAUGAUGAUGGAGAUGAUGAUAGACCCAUAGAUUAUGCUACGUCUGAUGACGAAAACGAAGAGUAG